UGCUGUGUGUACUAUGCAGCAGAAUGGCAGAGCGGGCUAGCAAGCAGCGGGCACGGCCUGCUGAUGCAGCGACAAGCUUUUUGCGAGCAGCCAGAGCUGGAAACUUGGACAAAGCUUUAGACCAUCUGAGGAAUGGAGUGGAUAUAAACACAUGUAACCAGAAUGGGCUGAAUGCUCUGCAUCUAUCCAGUAAAGAGGGCCACCUCAAAAUGGUGAGCGAGCUGCUGCAUAAGGAGAUUGUCCUAGAGACCACGACCAAGAAGGGCAACACUGCCUUGCACAUCGCAGCCCUAGCUGGCCAGGAAGAUGUGGUUCGAGAGCUUGUUAAUUAUGGGGCCAAUGUCAACAGCCAGUCACAGAAAGGCUUCACACCUCUGUAUAUGGCAGCUCAGGAGAAUCAUCUUCCUGUGGUAAAAUUCCUUUUGGAAAAUGGAGCCAAUCAGAACCUAGCUACAGAGGAUGGUUUCACCCCAUUGGCCGUAGCUCUGCAGCAAGGGCAUGAAAAUGUGGUGGCUCACCUCAUCAGCUAUGGGAUGAAAGGGAAGGUCCGUCUCCCAGCUCUGCACAUAGCAGCUCGUAAUGAUGACACGCGCACUGCAGCUGUCUUAUUGCAGAAUGACCCCAAUGCAGACGUGUUGUCAAAGACAGGAUUCACUCCCCUGCAUAUUGCUGCUCACUAUGAAAAUCUCAAUGUUGCACAGCUUCUGUUGAAUCGGGGAGCAAAUGUCAACUUCACUCCUCAGAAUGGUAUUAGUGCUUUACAUAUCGCAUCUCGAAGGGGUAAUGUAAUAAUGGUGCGGCUACUGUUGGAUCGUGGUGCCCAGAUAGAUGCCCGCACCAAGGAUGAGUUAACCCCUCUUCAUUGUGCGGUGAGAAAUGGACACGUCCGAAUCUCCGAGAUUCUGCUUGAUCACGGGGCCCCCAUCCAAGCCAAGACAAAGAAUGGCCUCUCUCCUAUCCACAUGGCUUCCCAGGGAGAUCAUCUGGACUGUGUGCGACUUCUGCUUCAGUACCAGGCACAGAUUGAUGACAUCACUUUGGACCACCUGACCCCUCUACAUGUUGCAGCUCACUGUGGUCACCAUCGAGUUGCCAAAAUUCUGCUGGACAAAGGAGCUAAACCCAAUGCCCGUGCCCUGAACGGCUUUACCCCGCUACACAUCGCCUGUAAAAAGAGUCAUGUCCGAGUCAUGGAGCUUCUUAUAAAAUCCGGAGCGUCUAUUGAUGCGGUAACUGAGUCUGGUCUCACUCCUCUCCAUGUCGCCUCCUUCAUGGGACACCUAUCCAUCGUGAAAGCACUUCUACAGAAGGGGGCAUCUCCCAAUGUCUUUAGUGUGAAAGUAGAGACACCCUUGCACAUGGCAGCUCGGGCAGCUCAUACAGAUGUGGCAGAAUUUUUACUGCAAAACAAAGCAAAAGUCAACGCGAGAGCGAAGGAUGACCAGGCACCUUUGCAUGCUGCUGCUCGCUCCGGUCACCUUGACAUGGUACGUUUGCUUCUGUUACACGGAGCUCACCCAGACCCACCCACAACUGCAGGACACACACCCCUGCAUCUUGCUGCACGUGGUGGACACACGCAGACAGCAGAGCUUCUUCUGGACAACCAGGCUGCCCACACCUCCAUGACCAAGAAAGGUUUCACGCCUCUCCAUGUGGCUGCAAAAUACGGGAAGAUUCAGAUUGCGGAGCUCCUGCUUGAAAGAGGAGCUCACCCCAACAGUGCUGGAAAGACUGGUCUGACACCUCUUCACGUCGCUGUGUAUCACAAUCACCUCAACAUUGUACGGCUUAUGCUGAAUAAGGGGGCAUCGCCCCACUGCACUGCCCGGAAUGGAUACACGCCACUCCAUAUGGCAGUGAAGCAGCGCUCUGUGGACACAGCCCGUGCUCUUCUGCAGUUUGGAGCAACGUGUAACAGCCAGUCCCUGCAAGGCGUAACACCUCUGCACCUCGCUGCACAGGAGGGGCAUGCAGACAUGGUGACGUUGCUGCUCAGCAAGCAGGCCAAUGUACAUCUUGGGAACAAGAGUUUCCUCACCCCUCUUCAUCUAGCAUGUCAAGAAGGCCACCUGAAUAUAGCGGAAAUUUUGGUGUCACAUGAUGCAGCUGUGGGCUCAGAAACACGGAUGGGAUUCAGUCCUCUACACGUUGCUUGUCAUUACGGUAAUAUCAAGCUGGUGAAGUUCCUUCUGCAGCAUCAUGCGAACGUCAAUGCUACCAACAAGCUGGGAUUCACACCACUCCAUCAGGCUGCACAGCAAGGGCAUACGGACAUUGUCACCCUCCUCUUGAAGAAUGGAGCCUGCCCCAACCAGGCCAGCUUGAAUGGGAUCACGCCCUUGGCCAUAGCAAAGCGUCUAGGAUACAUCUCUGUGACAGACGUUCUGACUUUGGUAACAGAUGGACCACAUGUUCAGUUAGCCCAUGAAAAGCACAGAAUGAGCUUCCCGGAGACUGUUGAUGAGCUGCUUGAUGUGUCUGAAGAUGAAGGUGAGGAGCCACCGGAUUUCAGACCACCACAUCCGGGCCCCCGUGAGCCAGAUGAAGACACAGAUGUUGAGUUUGUACCCAAGUUGGAUCCUGUAGUGGAGUCUCCUGCAAUACCCAGAAUUCCUUGUGUGACUCCAGAGACAGUCGUACUAAAAGAAGAGGAGCCAGAACCUCUGUCUAGAGAACUUGAUGAAGAAUCAUUAAUCCCCAGCAGCCCAGCUACAGAAACCUCAGAUAAUAUCAGUCCAGUGGCCAGCCCGGUCCACACCGGGUUCCUGGUCAGCUUUAUGGUGGAUGCCCGUGGUGGCUCUAUGCGUGGAAGUCGGCACAAUGGUCUACGUGUCGUCAUUCCUCCCAGGACCUGCGCAGCCCCAACUCGUAUCACCUGCCGCUUAGUUAAACCUCAGAAGCUCAACACCCCCCCACCGCUGGGUGAGGAAGAGGGUCUAACCAGCAGGAUCAUUGCUCUGGGACCAACGGGGGCACAAUUCCUAAGCCCAGUGGUGGUGGAAAUUCCCCAUUUCGCCUCAGUGGGGCGCGGAGACCGAGAGUUAGUUGUUUUGCGCAGUGACAAUGGAACAGUGUGGAAGGAACAUCAGAACCGCUACGGAAAGGAAUAUCUCGAAGAGGCGUUGAGUGGGAUGGAUGAAGAGCUAGAAAGUGAAGAAGAGCUGCAGAAGAAACGCCUUUGCCGUAUUGUAACCACGGACUUCCCACUGUACUUUGUUGUGAUGUCACGGGUGUGCCAAGACUGUGACUAUAUCGGACCAGAAGGUGGAUCCUUGAGGAGUCGGCUUGUACCUCAGGUCCAAGCCACCUUCCCCCCUACCGCUGUCACCAAGAAAGUGAAGCUGUCUCUUCAAGCUCAACCUGUGCCUGAUGACUUGGUGUCCCGGUUGCUAGGUAAUCAAGCAACCUUUGGUCCUAUUGUCACUGUGGAACCACGGCGGAGAAAAUUUCACCGGCCAAUUGGUUUGCGCAUCCCUCUGCCACCAACUUGGAAGGACAAUCCAAGGGACAGUGGGGAAGGGGACACAACCAGCCUUAGAUUAUUGUGCAGCGUAACAGGUGGUACAGCUCCUGCCCAAUGGGAAGACAUUACUGGAACUACUAAAUUGGUUUAUGCCAAUGAAUGUGCCAACUUUACCACUAAUGUUUCUGCCAGGUUCUGGCUGUCAGACUGCCCACGUACAGCUGAGGCUGUCUCAUUCUCGUCUCAACUUUACCGAGAGCUGAGCUCUGUGCCAUACACGGCUCGGUUUGUGGUCUUUGCCAAGAUGGCGGAUGGGCGUGAGGGACGGUUGCGCUGCUACUGUAUGACUGGAGACAAACUGGAGAAGACACUGGAACAGCACGAGAACUUUACUGAGGUGGCACGCAGCAGAGACAUUGAGGUGAUGGAUGGAACACAGCUCUUUGUAGAGCUAUCAGGGAAUUUGGUUCCUCUGAAGAAAGCAACUCAGCAGAGAAGUUUUGUAUUUCAGGCUUUCAAAGAAAAUAGGCUGGCACUGCCCAUUAAGGUACGGGACAGCAGUCGGGAACCAUGUGGGUCUCUGUCUUUCUUACGCAAAUCCAUGAAAUAUGAACCUUCUCAGCAAGUGCUCUGCCACCUAAACGUCACAAUGCCGCAAUACACCCAGGGUCCUGGCAGCCUGGACAGGAGAAGGACGUUGACACCAUUAGCUUUAAGGGAACGAUAUAGCUUGCUCAAUGACAGCACAAGAGGCUCUCUCAGUGGCACAGACCGUAUUGAUAUGAAGAUGGCAGUUAUAUCAGAGCACUUAGGUUUAAGUUGGGCAGAGCUGGCACGAGAAUUGCAGUUUGAAAUGGAUGAUAUCAACAGAAUUCGAGUGGAGAAUCCAAACUCGCUGUUGGAGCAGAGUGCAGCCUUAUUACACCUGUGGGCAUCUCGACAGGGUGCCAAUGCAAAAUUGGAGGAUUUAUAUACAGCUCUGCGUAACAUCGACCGUAACGAGAUUGUCAACAUGCUGGAAGGGUCUGGUCGGCAAAGCAGAUGUUUAAAGGGUGAGCGCAGAUACACCAACAGCGAUGGAUCCAUUUCCCCAUCUCAGAGGAAUGGUCACCCCCUGGCACAGGACGAGCUACUUUCCCCGGCCUCCCUGAACUAUUCCCUUCCCUCCCCGCUGCGGCUGGAGCAGUACUGGAGUGAGGCAAGCAUUUUGGAUGGAGUACCCAUGGCAACAGCCGAACCUGAUGGCCUUUUGGACCUGCCAGACCUUCCCCUUUGGGCCUCAGGUCUUUCUCCCUCUCUUGUGGCUCCCGAGGACUCAUCACUAGAGUGCAGCAAGGCUGAGGACGAGUGGGACCCACAGCUGCGACCGUCCUCAGGUUCCCCUGAACUGGAGGAGGAGGAGGCUGAUGCUGGAGGUCCAGAGAAAGUGCAAGCCAGAAUUACUGAAACACCUACCACGUGUUGGGUCACAGGGAGCAGUGUGGAAAGAGUGUUGGAUUGGAAUGCUGGGGCUCCGUUACAUUUCCCUCCCUCCCAUUCACUCCGUCAUGACAAUGGGGCACCCUUACCCUACGAGGAGCUUCAUCCUAACUUCAAGGGCAGUGCAAGGAUCAGGGUUACACAGCAAAGCACAGUUUACAGUGGAAGGAGACUGGGGGAGGGCAAUGAAGUCCCUGACAUUCCUGGGGAACAAGUGACAGAGGAAGAGUUCACAGACGAACAAGGGAACAUUGUGACAAAGAAGACAGUACGGAAGGUUCUGCGCAGAGUGGGACCACCAGGGUCAACAGAUUUGGGGGAUAAUGAGGACCUACUGAUUGAAGGGACCCUACAAGAGCCAGAAGAAUUGGAAACUGAUACCCCAAAUUACCUGAAGUAUGCAGUGCUACAUCGAGAGAACUACACCUCAAGUACAAACUACUGAAGCUGACCCAACUGCCAUAUGUACUGCACCCCACAGAAAAGGACUCAGAACAAAAAAAUACAAACUCUUUUUUUGCUCAUCUAUAAACAGACUCCAUCUCCCUAAAAGAAAAUGAGGGGUCCCUCCCCCCUCCAAAGUCCGUAGAAGGCGCUCGGCCCCUGUAUGCUCACGGCAUGAAGAUUUGCACCCUGCAUGUUACUAAGUAAUAUGCAUGUGAUGACAUUUGGGAACGAGGAGAAAGCUGCCCUUUCCGUACCUUCUCCUUGGCCCCUGCCCUAUAGUCACCAUUUUUAACUGCAGCUAAAGGGGUAUUUAGGAAUAUGGAUUGGAAAAGUGGGGCACGCUUAUACCCUCCCCCAGCUGACCCCAGUUGCAAAAAGCUUUUUGUCUGAGAUACUACGGUGUAGAUGAGUACUGAGUAUGUCUAUACACUCAUUACCAGUUCUAAUAGAGCACCCAAAUAACUGUAUUGGCUGUCCGUCGACAAUCAGCAAUAGUAGUACCCCUUUUGCCUUUAUAUGAAUUAUUUUCGAUACCCCAAGGCACAGCACAAUGUCGACAGGGCAGACCUAGCAAGGGUUUUGCAUGUUGCAGCUUAUUUGAUAUCUGUUUGCUUCAAAGUAAAAAGGGCUACACGUUAGAGAUUAUAAGUACCUUUAAGAGAGCUUCUUUAUUUGUAGAGACCUAUAAAGUGUAUGUAGAUACUCAGUACCACUACACGGCGCAGCAUGUUCUUUUUUUCAGAUGACUAGGCAUUUAUAGAGGCAUUUGGCACCAUAAUACAGUGCAGCAUGUUUAUUAUCAAGCUACUGGUAGUGCAUAAAGCGAUUCUGCAUUAUAAUACAGUGCAGUAGGUUCACUAUGGGAAUGUGGAAGUGUAUUGGGAUUCUCUUCAUUAUACAGGGCAGCAUGUGUAAAAUCAGGCUGACAGUGUAUAGAGAUACUCAUUCUCAUUAUGCAAUGAGGCAUGGUCAUCGUCCAUGCAUAUAGAUGCUCAGCAUCAUUAUACAAUGCAGCAUGCUCAUUAUAGGGCUGGAAAUGUAUAGAGAUACUCAGCAUCAUUACACAGAGCAGAAUGUUCAUUAUAAGGGGGAGGGGGGAACAGGGGGGAAAUUGCCCCCCUGACUCAGGAAUGUGGUUCCAGCUUUAGGGGGGAGGGGGAAGAUUCUAUAUAUUAAGAGACUUAGCUUACCCCCCUCCCUGCUGCAAUUAAGCCAGAGUACAGACCCUCCAGCCCUACUCCGGAGAGAGAAAGCACUCACCCUCACAACCUCUCCAGCGCUCUUUUUAGAUGCAAUUUCUGAUAUGCAUAAAAAGCUGAUUGUACAAUAACUGCUCAUAUGGGAAUAAAUACUAUGCAAUAUAA